AUGGGUAAUCAUCAUUCAAGUUCAAUAUCUAGAAAAAGAUCAAACUCAACAGUUGUAUCAUCAUCAAUAUACUCCCCACCACCUACAAGUAUAAAUAGAACAAGAUCAAAAUCAUUAAUAUAUUCUCAGCCCCCUUUAGGAGAUCAAUUUGAAAUAAAUAAUAAUAAUAAUAAUAAUAGUAAUAAUAAUAAUAAUAAUAUAAAUAAUAAUAAUACAAACAAUUCAGUUGGACAUCAAAGAAGUAGUGGUAGUGGUGGAAAUAGUAAUAAAAGUAAUAAAUCAAAUAGUAAAUCAAAUAAUAAAUCAAAUAAAAAGAAUUCAUCAACAAAGAAUACCAAAACAAAUAAUAGUUCGAAUAUUAGUGGUAAUAAUCAAUUUAAAUUAGAUCUUGAUAUACCAACAUUAAAAAUCAAUGAUGAUGAACAACAUUAUUCAGCACCAAAUAGUAGAAACAAUACACCAAGAAAUUUAACAUCACCAAGAUCAUGCACUUCUUCAUCAAAUGAUGCAACUUCAUCAAUUUCUUCAUCAUCACCAAGAUCUCCAAUAAUCGAUAUUAGAGAUAUACUAUUAAAUCAAAUAAUGUCAAUAAUUAAUAAUAAUAAUAAUAAUAAUAAUAAUAAUAAUAAUAAUAAUAAUAAUAAUGAUAAUAAUAAUAAUGCUAAUAGUAAUAAUGCUAAUAAUAAUAAUAAUAAUAAUAAUAAUAAUAAUAAUAAUAAUAAUUCAAUUGAAAUUGAUUGGAGUUUUAAAAAUUUAAAUAAUAAUGAUUUAGAAUUUAUAGAGGAAUAUAAUAAUAAUAAUAAUAAUAAUAAUAAUUGUGAAGAUAAUUUAAAUAAUUUAAAUAAUAUUAAAAAGAUAGAUUUAAGUCAAAAUAAUUUAACAUCAAUACCAAAGAUAAUUGGUGAUUAUUCAAUAAUAUCAAAUUCAAUUGAAGUAUUGAAUUUAUAUCAGAAUCAAAUCAAUGAUAUCAAUUGUAUUAGUAAAUUAAAAAGGAUUGAAAAGUUAAUAUUAUCAAAGAAUGAAAUUACAGAUUCAACAUUAUGUUCAGGUUUAAAUGAUAAAUCCUAUUGUCCAAUUAAUCAAUUAUUAACUUUAAAAUAUUUAUCAUUAGCAUCAAAUAAAUUAAAAAAAUCAUUCCCAAAUUUAAGUGAAUUAGUAAAUUUAGAGAAAUUAUCAUUGGAUAGAAAUCAAAUGACUGGUGAUGAUUUAAAUAUUGACGAUGAUGGUGAUGAAAUUGGUAAUUUAAAUAUUGAUGGACCACCAAAUAGAUUACCAUGUAAUUUAAAAUCAUUAACAAUUUCAUUUAAUCAAUUUUUAAGAAUUCCAUGGGCUGUAUUAAAUUGUAUAACAUUAAGAGAAUUAGAUAUAUCAAAUAAUAGAUUAAAAGAUGUACCAAAAGAGAUUGGACAAUUACAUUAUUUAGAGAAUUUAAAUUUAUCAUUCAAUUCAAUUACAAUGAUUUCAAACGAGUUGGGUAAUUGUAAACAAUUGAAAUAUUUAGAUUUACAAUCGAAUCAAUUAACAUCGAUACCAAAUUCAAUCGGUUUAAAUUGUGUAAAUUUAAUAUCAAUAAAUUGUUCAAAUAAUCAAUUGGAAUCAAUACCAUUUGAAUUUAUAAAUUUAGUAUCAUUAUCAAUUCUAUAUUUAGAUAAUAAUAAAAUUAAAUCAUUUUCAAAUUGGAUGGAGGAAGCAAACAGAAUUGGUAUUCAAUCAACUAUGAAAUCAAUAUCUGAACUUUAUAUCAGUGGUAAUCAAUUGGAAUCUUUAGAACCAAUUUGUGAAAUAAUGUUAACUCUACGUACACUAUCAGCAAAUUUCAAUGAAUUACAAGAAAUACCUUCAAAUAUAUCUCAAUUAACAAAUUUAUGUAGAAUUGAAUUAAAUGAAAAUCAAAUUAUAAUCGUACCAAAAUCAAUUAUAGAUAUGAAAUCAUUAUAUGAAAUUGAUCUUUCAAAUAAUAAAAUAGAACAAUUACCAACUGAAAUCAUUCGUAUGAAUUGGUUACAAGAUAUUCAAUUAAAUAGAAAUCCAAUUUUACAAUUAAUUCCAAAACAACUUCAAAGAAAGAAUUUAAUUGGUUUAAAAGAAUAUUUAAAAACUUUAAAAUAA